AUGGCGCAACGCCCCUCCCUUACCGGAUUCGACCCUCAGAAGUUCGCCGCGGCGGCUGGCAAUGCAAAGCACGAUCCUUGGGCACGAUACGAAGCAUGGCGAUACACCGGACCGUUCUCUCGCUUCAAUCGCUUCAAAGGCUCGCUUCCUGGCCUCGGAACGGCGACUGUAGCUUUUGGCAUAUACCUUGCGGCCGAACAUUUCUUGUUCAAGGAUGAGCACGGUCACCACGAUUCCCACGAUGAUAAGGGACACCACUAA